AUGGAUCGUUUUUCUUCUACUACUACUACUAUACCUUUUGCUUUUCAUGGAGCUAAAGAUGACAUCACCAUGCAAUUUUCUUUGAUUUGGACUCAAAUCAAAGCACCAUUGAUAGUUCCAUUGCUAAGAAUAUCAGUGUUUUUGUGUUUGAUAAUGUCAGUGAUGAUGGUUAUUGAGAGGGUUUAUAUGGGUAUUGUCAUUAGUCUUGUGAAACUAUUUGGAAGAAAACCUGAAAAACGUUACAAAUGGGAACCUAUUAAGGAUGAUAUUGAGUUGGGAAACUCUUGUUAUCCGAUGGUUCUUGUUCAAAUCCCUAUGUAUAAUGAAAGAGAGGUCUAUCAAUUGUCAAUUGGAGCUGCAUGUGGCCUUUCUUGGCCCUCUGAUAGGAUCAUUAUACAAGUUCUUGAUGACUCCACUGACCCAACAAUCAAGGAGUUGGUGCGAGUAGAAUGUCAAAGAUGGGCAAACAAAGGUGUGAACAUAAAGUAUGAAGUUAGAGACAAUAGAAAUGGAUACAAAGCAGGGGCAUUGAAAGAAGGAAUGAAACAUAGCUAUGUGAAACAAUGUGAUUUUGUUGCAAUAUUUGAUGCUGAUUUUCAACCAGAGUCUAAUUUCUUGUGGCGCACAGUGCCAUUUUUGGUGCAUAAUCCUGAACUUGCCCUUAUUCAAGCUCGUUGGAAAUUCGUGAAUGCAGAUGAAUGUUUAAUGACCAGAAUGCAAGAGAUGUCACUAGAUUACCAUUUUACCGUAGAACAAGAAGUGGGCUCUUCCACUUAUGCCUUUUUUGGCUUCAAUGGGACUGCGGGAGUAUGGAGAAUUUCAGCAAUGAGUGAAGCUGGUGGAUGGAAGGAUAGAACAACAGUUGAAGACAUGGACUUGGCUGUUCGAGCUAGUCUCAAAGGAUGGAAAUUCUUAUACUUAUCAAAUCUGCAGGUCAAAAAUGAAUUGCCAAGUACUUUCAAAGCCUACCGUUACCAGCAGCAUCGUUGGUCAUGUGGACCAGCAAAUCUUUUCAGAAAAAUGGUCAUGGAGAUUAUUAAAAAUAAGAAAGUGUCAUUAUGGAAGAAGAUACAUGUGAUUUACAGCUUCUUCUUUGUUAGGAAAGUUGUAGCACACAUCAAUACGUUUGUGUUUUAUUGCAUUAUACUACCUGCAACAGUUUUGGUACCUGAAGUCGUGGUUCCGAAAUGGGGUGCUGUAUAUAUCCCUUCAAUUAUCACCCUUCUCAAUGCUGUUGGAACUCCAAGGUCACUCCAUUUACUUGUAUUUUGGAUUCUGUUUGAGAAUGUGAUGUCUCUACAUCGAACGAAAGCAACUAUUGUUGGUCUUUUGGAGACUAGUCGAGUGAAUGAAUGGAUUGUCACUGAGAAGCUCGGAGACGCUCUCAAGGUUAAAGCAGGUACAAAAGCACUCAAGAAGCCCCGGUUCAGAAUCGAAGACAGGAUUCACUUGUUAGAACUUGGUGUUGGAAUGUAUCUCCUCUUUAUCGGCUGCUACGAUGUUAUGUUCGGGAAAAACCAUUUCUUCAUCUUUCUCUUUAUCCAAGCGAUCGCCUUUUUCAUCAUGGCAUUUGGGUAUGUUGGAACCUUCAUUCCCAACUCCUAG